GAAGAAGUGGAGAAUAUCCUCUGGGAAGUGACUCAAGGAGAACUUGGAAAAGCUCCUCUCGCAGUCAAAUCGAAUAUCGGAGGAGUUGUUACUCCUGCGGUGGAAGAUUUUGAAGGAAUGGCUCAAAGACUUGCCGAGCUCCGUGAUUGAGCAUUUUCUCCCCAUUUUGUGAUCCACAGAUUCAUCUUACUGUAAUAUACGGAACCCUUACUCGAUUUUAUUAUCCGCCAAACGCCAAUGUAUUAUACUAUACAAAACAAUAAAUCCCACUCGCUUUCUCAUUUCUGCCGUCAUUUUCUAACUCUAAAUUCACUAAUUGCGUUCCAGAUAUUCCAGAAUGAGCAAGUUCUAUGGUGUGGCUCACGGUUUCAAGCGUGGAGUUUUCACUGAGUGGGCUGAAGCUAAGAAACAAAUCGACAAGUUCCCACAGCCAGUUUACAAGAAGUUUGAAACCGAGGAAGAAGCUCAAAAAUAUGUGGAUGAUCGUAAGCCAAAGAAAGUUGAAUCAACCUUUCCUGAAUCAACUCACGACACCUACUAUGCUGUAGCACGUGGACAUUCUGUUGGAGUCUUCACCAACUACAACGAGGUUAAGGAGCAUAUCAAAAACUACCCACAGCCAUUGCACAAAAAAUGGUCGACCCUUGAGGAAGCCAUCGCCUACUUCCACAAAUACUACGAGGGAAAAGAGGAAGCCAAGAAAGCUGAAAAUGAAGAGAAGCCGGAUAAGUCCGAGAAACGAGAAUCCAAGAGAAAGGCUGACCAGGAGGAAUCCGUCGAGAAGAAGAAGAAAAAGAAAUUUUGAACGCUUUUCUCACAAGAGCGCCAGUCGCUCGAACAUGGGAAAAAACGAUCAAUAUUAUGCAGUGGCACGUGGAAAACAGGUUGGUAUCUACCGUACAUGGAACGAGUGCAAAACGCAGAUUGACGGAUUCCAAAAUGCGAGAUUCAAGAAAUUCGCCACUGAAGCUGAAGCUCGUAAAUUCGUUGCCGAUAAUAUGAGUGUUCCAGGAUCAAGUAAGCUUUCAGGCAGUUUUUCCAGAAAUCUUUAGUUUUCAGAGCCGGUUACUCCUGCAGUAUCAACUUCAUCGGCCACAAGAAAACGGACGCAUGAAGGAACAAAAUUUACAGAAGCUAAGAAAAUGAAGACAGAAGAAGAAGUUAUCGAUCCCGAAUUUGCCAAUGCACCAGUUGUGUACACAGACGGAGCUUGCUCUUCCAAUGGAACAAAAAAUGCGAAAGCCGGAUGGGGUGUCUACUGGGGAGAUGACAGUGAAGACAAUGAAUUUGGACCGGUGUACGGAGCACCUACCAACAACAGAGGAGAACUUAUUGCUGUUCAGAAAGCAAUUGAAAAAGCUAUAGAGAAGCGUCUUCCAAAAGUUGUUAUCAAAACUGAUUCCAAUCUUCUCGUACAGUCAAUGAACAUUUGGAUUCAUGGUUGGAAGCGAAAAGGAUGGAAAACAUCUACAGGAUCGGAGGUUCUCAAUCAGGAUGUUCUCAUGAAAAUUGAUAAUUUGAGACAAAAACUCAAGGUUAAAUUCCUACAUGUUCGUGGUCAUGCGGGAAUUGAUGGAAAUGAAAAAGCGGAUGAACUUGCAAGAAAAGGAGCCCA